CACACACACACACAUAGACAAACACAUUCGCUAGAACCGGUGGAUGAACUUCAGCUGGAUGAUGGAUUAACGCAUCAGACAGAUAGCAAAAACGCACUGCAUACUAUGAACUCCAGAUGUCAAUGUAUUGGAAGAAAACACCCACCCACCCACGACGGAGUGACUCACAGUUUAAAGUAGUUGAAUAAACGAGCGCCGGUGCGGACGGGGAGAUUCUACGUGGGGUAUUUGGCUUCUUUCUGGUACUUAAAGCUCUCCCAACUGUGGCUUUUAUGGGGAAGAGAAGCACUGAGCUCGACCCGCCAUACGGACAGACAGUUGCUGCGCGAGGCGCUGGUGCCAGAUAUGGAUAGCGCGCGGGAUACCUCUGGACGCUGGCGCGCAUCUUCAUAAAGUGCGACACUUCGGGAGUUGAGGAGGCCUAAAAACUUCAUUUGUUCUGAGUCAAAGUUGCUGACAAACGGAAGACAAACGGGACACAAGAGCUUCUUCUAAAACCAACAAGUUAAUUCAGAGAAAAGAGUGUUAGAAAAGCCUCCAAAGAACUUUUUUUUUUUUUCUUUCCCCAAACCUUCACAGGAAGCUCUGCAAGUAGAGAAGAUGCGUCAAGAGGUCGCGCGGAGAUUUCAGAUGCUGUUUGUGAUUUGGUCCAUACUUCUCUUUAGUUUGGGGACAGGGUUUCCUACCAGACACAAGAAUGUUGCCCACAAGGCUCACGGCCACCCAGUUCACAGCGGCGGGGUCCAAUAUGUCCCUGAUGCUUUGGAGCAGCAGAACCAGGUGCAGAGUCUGUUACCCGAGCCCCACAGCCACCAGAGAAGAUGGUCCCACCCGCAGCACCGCUCCGUCGGUGUUCUUCCACAGCCAGAGCCCGAGGAGGAGACCAAACCCUUCAUCUUGGAUCUCAAGAACUUCCCUGACCUGGCCAAUGCUGACAUCAACUCACAGAACCCCAACAUACAGGUAACCAUUGAGGUGGUGGACGACCCUCAGAUGGAGGUAGAGAUGGACCUGGCCAAGGAAAAAGACUGGCUACCCUCCUCUUCCUCCUCCCCCUCUUCCACAGUAGAUUGGCUCGGAGGCAAGAAGCUUUUCUGGCCGCUUUUCUGGAGUUACACCGAUGCUGAUUCCAGCGAGGACAGCAACAGCCGGUCAGGCGUGGAGGAAACUGGCGAGGAAGAGGAGGAUGGAGAUUACUUAGUGGAUUACGGCAGCGAGGAGCCCUUACCCAGUGGAGUAGGCGGAGACUGGGAUAGUCGUUGGAACGAAGGCUUGAAUCCAAUGCAGAGCUACUAUGAGAAAGAGACAGAUGAGUGGACUCCCUGGUCUCCUUGCUCAGUGACAUGUGGACAUGGUGAGAGGAAGAGGACCAAGUCCUGUGGCUACUCUUGCACUCUGACAGAAGCCUCAAAGUGUGACCUGGAGCCUUGUCCAGGUGAUGUCAACACAGUGGUAGAGCCCUUCCCUUUCGAGAUGGAGAAUGGCACAGAGCCAUUUGGGACAGAUGUGGACAGCUGUGAGAAGUGGCUCAACUGUAAGAGUGAGUUCCUCCAGAGGUACCUCCACCAGGUCUUGGCGGAGCUGCCCAACUGCCCCUGCUCCUACCCCUCUGAAGUGGGGUACACUGUGGUCAGUGUCUAUGAUGAGACUCAUGGCCAGCCGUUCCGCUGGCGUGAUGCCAGUGGCCCCAAGGAGCGCCUGGACAUCUACAAGCCAUCAGCACGUAGCUGCAUCCGCUCAGCUCUUUCUGGCGACUCGUCCACUCUCGCAGCGCAGCACUGUUGUUAUGAUGAUCGUGGGCGGCUGAUCACGCGGGGAAAAGGCGCAGGCACGCCUAACCUGAUCAGCAAUGAGUUCUCACCUGAGCUGCACUUCAAAGUGGAUGUGCUGCCUUGGAUCCUGUGCAAGGGAGACUGGAGUCGCUUCCAUGCAGUGCGGCCACCCAAUAACGGGCUGAGCUGCCCAGAAAACCCCCAUGAAGACGUGUUCAUGAAUGAACUGGAGGAGGCCAGGGAGUACUGAGGACUACAGCCAAAACUACCACUUCACUCCGAGAGUCAGAGGGCCUAAUUUGAGAGGAGACUGCCUACCUUAAAAGUCAUGUAAUAUUAUGUCUAAAGCAUGCAUCAGCCAUUUACCAUGCAUUAAUGACUCAGAGGAAAUGCACAUUUGUAAUUGGGAGUUUUGUGGGGUUUAAGAAUGAUGGUGAAGUGUGGCUGUCUCAAGUUAGGAUUUGGCACAGUGCCCUGCUAUCAGGCUCGACUGAACUGAACUGAAUUACAUGAAUGGAAAAAAAAUGCAGUGUUCUCCCAUUGCUUUCCAACCUGUUACACAUCUGGCAUGACAUCAAGCUCUCUCUCUUUAUAUUCAGUACACUCUCCUGGGUGCGUGUAAGCAUGAUGUCUACCUACUGGCUUUUUUGGUGGUGUCCUGGAGUGCUUGUGAAUGACAAAAGCAACAUAUGGUAAACAUCCUGAUCAUGCUUCUUGUAGGUUUUACAGUAGGAAAUGUAUGAAUAUGGGCUGGCUAUUUUGAUGAAACAAACAAAUGUAUGGGCAGAGUCCAACAGAUGAAUAUCCCAACAAUGCUGCUACAAUAUAAGAUCCUUCAGGUUUUAAAAAGGUAUCAAGGGGAACAAGACGACAGGAGAUCAGUAGACCCUAAAGAUGCCACAUGCAGUAACAGUAAUGUACAUUUCAGUCAAUCCUUUGGGACACUACAAUUAGCAAUGUUACAAGAAUUUGAAAUCUAAACCAGAGAGGUAAGCUAAAAGGCUUUGAAACAUUCUGUUGUCAUUAUUGAGUUAGUGAGAAUUAUGACAAUAGCCUUUAGGCAGUAAUGAUACAGGAACAGCACAUUUGAUUUCAAAUGUUUUGUCACACAGAUUGAUUUCAUGUGUUUCCUCACAUUUUCACAGCCAGGAAAAUAUAUAAUCUGGGUGCCAAAGAGUUAAAAAUCAGACUGUUGGUGCCUGUGCAAAUCCAGCGUCCUAAGUCUCUACGGUGCAAAUGUAGGAAAGAAAAAGUUCUACAGUGAGUAGAUUUUGCUCAUAGAUGUGUCUCUACAAUGUUCUCAGGGGGACUAACUGACCAUGAUAAAAAAAACAAACAUUUGUUCAUUUACCUCGACAGCGGAGCACUAUUGGACCUAGUACAAAGUGUAUUGGGGUAAAGAUUAGUAGACGGGUAUCAGGAGUGUAAUCCAGAUUGGAAUUGAUGAACAGAUAAUGCUUUUUGUGCAGUUUCAAAAAGCAGUUGGGAACCCUUAUAACUGAAUAGUUGUUGAUGCAUUGUGUGCGAUGUCAUUGCUGUUUAAGCUGUUGGCUUAAGGUCUUUGGGUUUAUGUAUAGAACGUGAUUAGAUAGAAAGGGCAUUCUUACUCAAAAAAACAUUCUUGAGAGGUCAUGUCGUGGCCUUAUUCUAGCUGACAUAGAGUAUUGGAAGUAGUUGCCAUUACCAAAUAUUUCGUCACUAGGGUAUAGACCAUAAAAUUUGAAACAAUGCUCAUCCCUGUGACAGUUUAUCAAACAGUCAGUGGCAGUAAUCUUAAUUCUACUUAUAAAUAUCUGAAUAUUGCAGGACUUGCCCUUUCUGUCCAAUCAAAUCCUAUGGAUGUUCGCUCCAAACCUUUUUUUUUUUCAGGAAUUCUGCUUCCAGAUGUGUACAUGCGAACACGCAUUUACAUUUUGGAAUCACCGAUUUUAAAGGAAGGCACUUUAUUUAAGGUUUAUAUACAAAAGAUUUAUCAAAAUGUACUCAUGUUUGCCAUUUGUUAAUGAUAGUGUUAUUGUGAAGGGAAACUCGCCAGAAAUGGUGCAUUGUUCUAUGAAAGUGCAUAUAUCAAGUGUUCUGUUGAGAAAAAAGCAUGAUCUUUUUGUGAUUUCUAAAUCUAGUAUUACAUAUAUGGUGUUGUACAGUAUUUAUUUGUCUGUUCUCUUUUUUUAAGUUUACUGAAGCUUUGAAAUGACUCUAUACUCAACAUGGUGCACUAAUCGGACUGAGAAAUGAAGGCACCCAAUAUCAAAAGGGAAACCACUUGCCUCAUAUCACUUCAUACAGCAACAUCAAGUGUUUGUGUUUCAUUCUAUGUUGUACUGCAGUGCUCUAUGAAUAUGUUGUUGCAAUUAUG